CCAGCCCACCAUCACUUCGCGAGGGCCCGCACGAGCCAGGGAAGCCUCUUACUUCCCUUCUGACAUCCGUCCAAUCUCGCCCAGGGACCCUGCGAUGAGGCUAUCAUUGGCCCUUUCCGCCCAGCCUCACGCGCCCUCGAAUGAAAGCCCCUCGAUCUGUCCACCUGAAGUGCCUCUGUGAGAAUGGCGGACGACAAUCCCGAACUGAGCGCCGCUCUGCGGGAACUCGACCAUGAAUUGGAGGAGGGUGACAUUACGGAGAAAGGUUACCAGAAGCGGCGCACCGUUCUCCUUUCGCAGUACUUCGGCCCUAAUAUGGCACUGGAUUUCAACACGCCCCCGUCAGGAAAUGCACCGUCGUUGACAAGUGCGACAAACCCUCCGCAAGCCAUCUUGAAUGUCCGACCACCAACGGCCGAGUCUGCGAGCCAGGGGCCUUCGCAGUCCUUUACAAAUGGACGGGAAAGCUUCAACAACGGAGGCUUUGGAUUUGAACGGAGGGUCAGUGGGGAUACGCAGGGCUCGUACGAACGGGAUAGUAUGCUGCUACCCGGUGACCGAGCCCCUUCGGCAGCUUCCUACGAUUCUCUCUUCCUACCGAAACAGCAGCCCCCCCCUCCCCCUCCCCCUCCCAUGCAAGAAGGCUCCAGAACGGCCACGCUUCUGAGCCAGAACUACGCCUUUAAUCCCGGCGUUCACCACGAGCAUUAUGAGGAGCCUGUCGGAGGUUAUGAAUUGCCCUCCGGUGGGGUCACGCGACAGUCGACCAUGCUCGACUCGCAGCAGGGAUAUUUCUCUGACUUCGCUGGCCAGCAGCAGGAUGACUAUAGGGAUAGCUACGGUGGCGGGUUUCACCGCUACUCCCAGUCGGAUACGUUCUCUCCUACUGCGAAUAUGGCGCCGCCGCUGAUCCCUGCCUCUGAACUCCCUCAUGGACCGGCCCUCGACCACCUUCAACCGCUGGAGCCUCGUGACAUCCCUUUUGCUGUACAUGACCCACAUGAUAAGAAUACGCCCAUGUCUAAUUUCGACAACAUCCCUACGGUUCUUCGGCACCGUGCUCGAGUGCAUUCGAAGCAACCGGCCUAUUGGGUCUUGGACCAAAAGGGCAAGGAAAUCGCCUCCAUCACAUGGGACAAAUUAGCGAGCCGGGCAGAAAAGGUUGCGCAGGUCAUCCGUGAUAAGAGCAAUCUAUAUCGUGGAGACCGUGUGGCUUUGAUUUACCGCGACUCCGAGCUCAUCGAAUUUGCCGUUGCGCUGAUGGGUUGUUUCAUCGCCGGCGUGGUUGCUGUUCCCAUCAACAGCCUCGAGGACUAUCAGAGCCUUAACCUCAUUCUCACAUCAACACAGGCGCAUCUUGCUUUGACGACAGAGAACAAUCUCAAGAAUUUCCAGCGAGAUAUCACGGCACAGAAACUGAACUGGCCUCGUGGAGUCGAAUGGUGGAAGACCAACGAAUUUGGAAGCUAUCACCCUAAGAAGAAGGAUGACACGCCACCGCUUGUGGUCCCCGACCUGGCCUACAUUGAAUUCUCACGUGCUCCUACGGGCGAUCUUCGCGGUGUGGUCAUGAGCCACCGGACGAUCAUGCACCAAAUGGCCUGCCUCAGCGCGAUUGUUUCCACCGUCCCUGCAUCUUCGAGCAUGGCUCGUCCACGUGGGGAAACCAUUGUCAGCUAUCUUGAUCCUAGGCAAGGCAUCGGUAUGAUAUUGGGUGUGCUUCUUGCCGUAUAUGGUGGUCACACGACUGUCUGGCUUGAAGAUCGAGCAGUAGAAACACCUGGUCUCUACGCCCAUCUCAUUUCAAAGUACAGAGCGACUAUUAUGGCUGCCGAUUACCCCGGGCUGAAGAUCGCUGCUUACAACUACCAGCAAGAUCCGAUGGCGACCCGGCAUUACAAGAAGAACUCGGAGCCCAACUUUGGAAGCGUCAAGCUUUGUCUUAUAGAUACGCUCACAGUCGAUCCCGAGUUUCACGAAAUCCUGGCCGAUCGGUGGCUGAGGCCAAUGAGGAACCCGAGGGCUAGGGAAAUUGUAGCCCCCAUGCUCUGUCUUCCUGAGCACGGUGGCAUGGUGAUCAGUGUCCGAGACUGGCUGGGCGGCGAAGAACGCAUGGGCUGCCCUUUGACACAUGAAAUGGACCCAGCCGAGCGCGAAGAUAGCAGGAAGGAAGAGAAGAAAUUCGAGAAGGCUGAUACCAACAGUGGUUUUGGCAGUAGUUUACUGGGUGGUGGCUCGGUUGCGCCAGCCCCUAAAGAGCAAGGAAAGACGGAGAUUGGCGAGGUCCUUCUGGACAAAGAGGCCCUGAAGAGCAACGAAAUCGUUGUCUUAGCCAUGGGUGAGGACGCCAGGAAAUUUGCAGGAGCCAUGCCUCAUGCUGUGCGUGUUGGCUCGUUUGGCUUUCCGAUCCCUGACGCCACGCUUGCCAUCGCGGACCCGGAGACGAACUUGCUGUGUACUUCAAAUGUGGUCGGCGAGAUAUGGGUGGACUCGCCAUCUCUUUCCGGUGGCUUCUGGGCGUUGCCAAAACAUACGGAAGCCAUUUUCCACGCGCGGCCGUACAAGUUCGAGGACGGCAACCCGACUCCUGUUCUGGUUGACCCGGAAUUCCUUCGAACAGGUCUUCUGGGAUGCGUCAUCGAGGGUAAGAUUUUCGUUCUAGGUCUCUACGAGGAUCGGCUUCGCCAGAAGGUGGAAUGGGUAGAGCACGGGCAAGAGAUUGUUGAACAUCGUUACUUCUUCGUCCAGCACAUGAUCGUCAGCAUCUUAAAGAGCAUACCUAAGAUCCACGACUGCACCGCCUUCGAUAUUUUCGUCAACGAUGAACAUCUCCCGAUCGUUGUCUUAGAAUCUUAUGCAGCAUCAACAGCGCCGACCACGUCAGGUGGUCCUCCACGGCAGUUAGACUCUGUCCUUCUUGAAUCUCUGGCCGAACGAUGCAUGGAAAUUCUCUAUCAGGAGCACCACCUGCGAGUGUAUUGUGUGUUGCUAACCGCACCUAACACCCUCCCCCGUGUCACCAAGAACGGAAGAAUGGAGAUUGGCAACAUGCUCUGCCGCAAGGAGUUUGAUGCUGGUUCCCUGCCUUGUGUUCAUGUCAAAUUCGGCGUGGAACGAUCAGUCCUAAACCUACCCGUUGGGGUUGACCCCGUCGGUGGUAUUUGGUCUCCGCUCGCCUUGAUGUCAAGGCAAGAGAUGCUGGCCAUGCAAGAGAAGCAAUAUUCAGGCGUGGACUACCGUGAGGUGGUCAUGGAUGAUCGCACAUCUACGCCACUGAACAACUUCUCGACUAUCGUUGACCUUCUCCAGUGGCGUGUUUCUCGACAAGCCGAAGAGCUGGCUUACUGCUCCAUCGAUGGACGCGGAAAGGAGGGCAAAGGCAUCACGUGGAAGAAGUUCGACUUGAAGGUUUCUGCCGUAGCGAUGUACUUGAAGAACAAAGUGAAGGUCAGACCUGGAGACCAUUUGGUCCUGAUGUACACCCACUCAGAGGAAUAUGUGUACGCUAUCCACGCAUGCUUCUGCUUGGGCGUCAUUGCCAUCCCUCUCGCUCCUAUCGAUCAGAACCGUCUCUCCGAAGAUGCCCCCGCCUUCCUGCAUGUCAUCAGUGACUUCCAUGUCAAGGCGAUCAUUGUGAACAGUGAUGUCGACCAUGUCCUGAGGCAGAAGCUUGUCUCCCAGCACAUUAAGCAGUCUGCGCAGGUCCUCCGGAUCGGAGUGCCGGCUAUAUAUAAUACCACAAAACCCGCCAAGCAGUCGCAUGGCUGCAGAGACCUUGGGUUCACCGUCAAGGAUACUUGGCUAAAGGGCAACCAGGCUGCUCUGGUGUGGACCUACUGGACUCCUGACCAGAGAAGAAUAUCCGUCCACAUCGGUCAUGAUACGGUUAUGGGCAUGUGCAAGGUACAGAAGGAAACGUGCCAGAUGACCAGCUCAAGACCAGUUCUCGGUAGUGUUCGCAGUACUUUGGGUCUUGGAUUCCUCCACACGUGUUUGAUGGGUAUCUAUGUUGGAGCACCAACAUAUCUUGUCUCACCCGUCGACUUUGCGCAAAACCCGAUGACGCUUUUUGUCACACUCUCACGGUAUAAGAUCAAGGACACCUACGCUACUAGUCAGAUGUUGGACUAUGCGAUGAGCACGAUGGCUGGAAAGGGCUUCCAGUUGCAAGAGCUGAAGAACUUGAUGAUAUCAGCUGAGAGCCGGCCGCGGGUGGAUAUCUACCAAAAAGUACGCUUGCACUUUGCUUCCGCCAGCUUGGACCGCACGGCCAUCAACAUUGUGUAUUCCCAUGUCCUCAACCCCAUGGUUGCCACCAGGUCAUACAUGUGCAUUGAGCCUGUCGAGCUAUGGCUCGAUAUCCGGGCGUUGCGCCGGGGACUGAUCUGUCCUGUGGAUCCCGACACCGACCCGACUGCUCUCGUUCUUCAAGACUCGGGCAUGGUCCCGGUGAACACGCAAAUAGCCAUCGUGAACCCAGAGACCUGUACCCUGUCCCAUGUUGGCGAGUACGGUGAGAUUUGGGUCCAGUCGGACGCUUGUGCCAAGUCGUUCUACGGCUCGAGACAGGACUUUGACAUGGAGCGCUUCAACGGUCGAGUUGCGGACGGAGACCCUAAUGUCGCCUACGUGCGUACCGGUGACUUGGGUUUCCUUCAUACGGUUACAAGACCUAUCGGCCCCAACGGCCAGCCCGUCGAGAUGCAGGUGCUUUUCGUCCUUGGAGGCAUCGGGGAGACGUUUGAAGUCAACGGACUGAACCACUUCCCAAUGGACAUUGAGUACUCCGUCGAAAGAUGUCACCGCAACAUCGUGUCUGGAGGAUGUGCCGUCUUCCAAGCGGGCGGUCUGAUUGUGGUCGUCGUCGAAGUCACAAGAAAGGCCUACCUGGCGUCCCUGGUCCCUGUCAUCGUCGACGCUAUCCUUCACGAGCACCAGGCCGUUGCCGAUAUCGUGGCAUUCGUUUCACACGGCGAUUUCCCCCGAUCUCGCCUGGGAGAGAAGCAGCGUGGCAAGGUAUUGGCGUCGUGGGUUACGCGAAAGCUCCGGACAAUCGCGCAGUUCAGCAUUCGCGACGGCGAGGGACCCGAACAUCCGUUUGCCGAGGCCCCCCAGCAUCGCAUGAGCAGAAGCUCCAAACCGGGCAGCAUGAUGGGCAACAGCAUCCGACGGUCCACCGUUAUCCCCGACACCGAUCUCAUGCCUCGCUCCCCAGCCCCCGUCCUGGUCGAACAGUCGGAGGCGACUUACCCUCCUCCCCUGACGGAAUCCAUCAGCAGCCCUACCGGCACGAUGCCAGAAGGAGGAGCGCCGUCCCUCCCGCAUAUCUCGGAGCCUCCACACCCUCGACCGGAGACUGCCUCGACCAACGGAGCGCCGGGGCCUACCACCAUCGGCAACCCCGACUUCGGCUUUGACUUCGGCGACUUUGCCAACUCGGCCUCCGCAGGCUCCAUGACCGAUCCCAACGCCGCCGCCGGUCCUGCCUCUCAAACCAACUCCCUCGCUUUCCGCAAUCCCCCAGCCAUCCCCCGCCCCAGCCCCCGCAGCGCGCCCCCAGCGGCAGCGCCGGUGGCGCCCUACGCCGACAUGGAGGGAAGCACCGCCGACUGGCCCCAGGAAGCUCUCAUGUACCAGGCUAAUCUGGGUUACGACGAUCCCCACAGCCAAGGAGGAACCCCUCGCGCCCCACUCUAG